CAAGACGAGUCCAGCAUCAGCUGCGCUGCCCGCUGGUCCCUGCGGACGCCUACACCACCCCAUCCAACAUUAUUUCAUCCCUUCUUCCAAGUGCCCACUGUACAGUCUAAGUACUUAGCCACAUUAACUUGCUCCUUAUUUCCCACGAGGCUCACCAAACAUCGAUAACAGUAGAGCAUGCUAAACUGAGUUUUCCACACGAGUUCGAACGUGUAGUUUCAUUUCUGAGUUUACUACUCCAAACCAGCCUACAGUAAAACUGGAAUUCUGUGGCUUACGCUCACCACUUGGAAUAAACGUCCUACACAUUCCUUCUCAGACAGAACUGCAGGGUUCGCGCACAAGAAUCGCAGUAGGGUAAAAAGGAGCGUCGAAUCCUGUAGUCUCCAUCUCCCACCUGAAAGGCCUCCUACUAGGGACUCUGCCCCAAGUCGGCGCGUGUGGAGCAAACAGCGAGUAGCUUCCCGACGACACCAUGGUGCAGAUGGAACAGCCAUCACCACAGCCUCCAGUUGCCACAGCAUGGGUCCCAACCAUCACCGUGGUGCAGGGACCGCAUCUAGUGGUGAUGGAGAGGCGCGACGUGGUGGUGACGGCGGUGGUGUGCACCGUGCUGGCGUUGCUGCUGGUGGGAGGUUCUCUCGCAGCCUGCUACUGGUGGCGCCGACGGAAGCGCAAGAGGGAGGCCGACAACGACGGAGGUGGCGAGGGCGGCGGGGGUGGCGGCGGUAGCGGCACCCCGGCCAAGGAGCGCCGCGUCAACGGCUUCCUCAGCUUGCGCACCCCCCUCAUUUCCACCAAGGCUCUCGGGACCCAGUUCGAGUCGAUGGGUACCAGCUCCGGGUCCAAGUCUGGAGCGGCCCAGUCGUCAUCGGCAGCGGGGACGCCUGGAACCCCUGGCACCCCGGGGACGCCGGGCAGCGGAGGCCCGCAGGGAUCCAAGGGCCAGGGAAAGGGCCAGGGCGGCGCCGGCGCCAGUGCGGGUGCGAAGGGCGAGCACUCCUCGAUGGCCUUCCUGCAGAACCGCUCCAUGUCGAUGCUCGACAUGUACAUCGACAACACGGAGUCGUCUGAGAACGUCGGCCAGAUACACUUCAGCCUCGAGUACGACUUCCAGAACACCACGCUCAUCCUCCGGAUCAUCUCGGGGAAAGAUCUCGCCGCCAAGGACAUCUCCGGCACGUCGGAUCCCUACGUGCGCGUCACACUGCUGCCCGACAAGAAGCACCGGCUGGAGACCAAGAUCAAGCGGCGCACACUCAACCCACGCUGGAACGAGACCUUCUACUUCGAAGGUUUUCCAAUUCAGAAGCUGCAGAGCCGUGUUCUGCAUCUGCACUGUUUCGACUACGAUCGAUUCUCCAGGGACGAUUCCAUAGGAGAAGUCUUCCUGCCUCUCUGUCAGGUGGACUUCUCUGAGAAGCCGUCUUUCUGGAAGGCGCUGAAACCGCCGGCCAAGGACAAGUGUGGGGAGCUGCUGACGGCGCUCUGCUACCAGCCCAACAACAGCGUCCUCACGCUGACAUUGCUCAAGGCACGCAACCUCAAGGCCAAGGACAUCAACGGCAAAUCAGAUCCCUAUGUGAAAGUGUGGCUUCAGUUUGGAGACAAGCGUAUCGAGAAGCGUAAGACACCAGUGUACAAAUGCACUCUAAAUCCAAUUUUUGAUGAAUCCUUCAGCUUCAAUGUUCCUUGGGAGAAAAUAAGAGAAUGUUCUCUGGAUGUUCAGGUUAUGGAUUUUGAUAACAUUGGAAGAAAUGAGCUUAUUGGACGCAUUAUGCUUGCUGGUAAAAAUGGUUCUGGAGCAACAGAGACAAAACACUGGCAGGAGAUGAUAACAAAACCACGACAAACAGUCAUACAGUGGCAUCGACUGAAACCUGAGUAACCAAGUUAUGAUAGGAUCAACAAUGAAGUCUACGACAAUGGAUCUUCUACAAAUUAAAUAAUACUCUGCAUUAUUUUUACAGUCAUAACCCUGUGAUCAAAUAUAAUUUGGCAGUGUACAUAUCUUGUGGAGUGAAUUUCUUAUGAAGCAGGCUGUGAUGAAAUUGUCAACAUCAUAAACUCAGUAAAACUUAUGUAUAUUACAAUGAAACAGAUGGAACUGCUAUGUAUUGUCAGUAAUAAUUAUUUUACAGGUACUAAGCAUCUUGAAUGAAUUUUCAGUCAUUUAUUAUGGCAUACUUGUUUUGUUUUGUCAUAAAUUUUAUGUAGCAUGAAGCUCUUUGUACUCUUACUUAGAGCUAUGCGAAUCCAAUAACAAGUCAUACACAUGCACAUAUGUGACACAAACUCAGGAGCUUCUUAUAAGCUUUUAAUGUAAAUUGUGUUUAUGAUGCUGACCUCUGUAACUCGUGCUGAAAUAUCUUGCUAUCAAUGUAAUUGUGCUCUCUAGUAUAUAACAGACAUACAAAUUCUUUUGAAAAGUCAGAAACGUAAAAAAAAAAAAUUACUGAGUCACAAAAUUUCAUUAUUCAACCGUACUUACAGUUAAUUUUAAGUAUUUAGUUUGUCUAGUUACAUAUGUUUUAAUUAGUUUUUACAAACAAUUGUAACAGUACUUCAAUAUUUUAGUUUCAUAAACAAAUACCAGAAUGACAUACUAAUACAGUUGAUCUUCACAGUAGCUAGUACCUUCCACUCAGAAUGCAAAAUACUCUCAGCAAGAAACAAAAAUUAACAAUACAUGUAUGACAAUAUGCUACAGUAACUGAUUAUGGUGUACACCUCCAACAGUUUUUACUGGAAUUCCCUUUCAACUGUUUUAAAGAGGAUUAUAUGUUGAUACAGUUGUAGAUCUUGGUCUUGCAUCGACAGAUAAUUUCCCUAGUAAUAGCUGUUGUUCAGUAAUUUUGUUAAAAUAUAAAGUAUGUUACAAAAUAUUAAAAUGUGCGGUAUUAAAUAUCAGUAAUUGUUCUUUGAAAACUUUUGCAUUCAUAUGAAUACAAUUUCAAAAGAUAACCUUGCUAGAGUUUUCAUUUAGUCAGAGGUCUAUUAACAUUCAUUUUGAGUACAAUACUGGUGAAACGUAACAGUGAAAUGAUGUGCAAUGUUAAGUAGGCCUAAGUGAUAGCUCAAAGCUCAGAAACACAAUACAACUACUGUUUGGUGGCUGAACACGCCAAAAUUGAAAUGGUAUCAUGACUUCUCCAAUCCUCUCCCUCCCCCUCCAAUCCUUCCCUCUCUGAGAGGGGGGGGGGGGGGCACCCAGAAAGUGUGCUUUGUCCUUUCAAUUGUAAGUUACUCAAUUCCGAUAUUUAACAUUAGUUAUUAUUUAGAAAAAUUAAUUCCCAUAGACUAACUCUAAAUUUUGUUCUUGAAGAAAAGGAAAAAGGAAUACAUAUUUCUUUAG